AUGCCAGCCUUUGUCCUUGUCCCUGCAUUACCCUCCGAUCUCGAGGAGAUAGUCCGCGUCCAGUUCGCAGCCUGCGCCUCCGAUCAUGGUUUUCCUGUCAUCUUUCCCAAGGGACCCACGUUGACUUCUAUCACGUAUUUCGUGCGUUUGUUCGAAAAUGAAAUGGAGAAUGACCCCAGCUGUCAUGUCAUGGUGGUCAAAGAUGCCAUGUCCGGCGAGAUCGCGAGCUAUGCUUUCUGGCAUUUUUACCCACCCAGAAGCCAAGAGGAGGUCGAGCGAGAAAUGCUGAUUCGUGAAUUUCCACUCCCUGAUGACGCCAAUAAGGAACUGGGAAGUCGGUUGAUUCACCAUAGCGUUAGGAAACGGCAUGAAGUCGUUGCAUCAGCGAUAGGGACUGAAAAGGCCUAUGUGUUUCUUGCCGCUAUAGGCACCAGCCCGAAAUACCAGAAGCAAGGUGCUGCUUCUCUCCUACUCCAAUGGGGUCUGGAACGGGCCGAUGACCGAGGGCUGUCAAUCUAUGUCGAGAGUGCUCCAGCCGCAUUACGACUCUACGAGAGGCAUGGCUUCAAGGAAAUUUCGAAAUUUCCCCUCGAGAUGUCACCAUGGAAGGAGGGAGAAUAUUUGAAUGUAUGCAUGGUCCGGCAGCCUCCAAGCUGA